CUUCCGACGUCAACAACUUUGCGUAAAUAUAACAAAAUGGAUGUGAGCGCUUUUUCCGGGGAUGAUUUCGACGUCAGUACGUGGAUCAACCAGUCAUACGAGCGGUCUCAAAAUGCUGCCGUUUCCGCUGGUAGCCAACCAGGCGGCCACGCCAGCAGCAAGGAAGCAUUUGUUUCCUCGCUCGUGUCGAAGAUGCAACUCUACGUUCAGCAGAUUAAUGUCGCGUUGGAGCAAACCGGUGGCCAGGUGUUGAAAAACAUUCCGAAGGUGGUCAACGAUGCCCAAAUGCUACAAAUCGAAUCCGGUCUGCUUAAGCAGCGCAUGGACCAGGUGCAGCGAGAAAUCUCACACUUGCACACCGAAACCGGCGACUGCAUGGCCAGCCUGGAGCGGUUGGACUCUAUCAAACGGCAGUUGCAAACCUCCAAACAGUGCCUUCAGGAAGCGGACGGCUGGGGUAAGUUAGCCGGCGAGCUAGACGAUUUGCUGGAGAAAUCGGACAUCGAUGCUUCGAGCAGCAAGCUGCUGUCGCUGCAGAAAUCACUCGCCGCUCAGGUCGCGCUGCACGGGCACACGGAGCGCGAGAGUCAGGUGGAAUAUUUCAAAAAUCGCCUCGAAGCCCUCAUCAGCCCAUCGGUGGUCGCUGCCAUGCGCUCGAUGGACAGUGCCGCCUGCCGACGAUACGUUGGCAUAUUCGAGGGAAUCGAUCGGUUGGCGCAGUUGAAGCAGUACUACCGUACCGUGCUGAAAAGCUUCGUUCAAGAGCACUGGCGCAACGCCGUGGACGGAAGUGAAAGCGGAGGCUCGGGUGUGCUGAAGGAGUUCUACGACGUACUGGUGGAACUGCUGAAAAAUCACCUUCGCUGGUGUAACCAGUGUUUCGGGAAUGCCAACGAUUGCGUACUAGCCGUCGCCGAAGCGCUGGAAAAUCUCGAUCCAACGCGCGAAAGUGUGGUCCGGAGCGCGUUGAAGCGAGCGUCGGAUAAAUUCUGGAUGUUGUCUCAAUUUUCCCUUGCUAACAUCGAGGUGGGUAGUAAGGUGGAAGCUUUGGUACGUGGGCGAUCCCAGCAAGACGUCCACUGCGAUGACGAAACGAUCAUCGAUCGGUUGGCGAUCUCCAUGUUCCUGUACUUCGGUGUUUUCCUCAAGGAAUAUCCUACGAUGGAAAACUCUCAGCUCGAACUGUCACUACAAAAUCACACGAUCGUCGGACCGACCCCAUCGGAUAGUGUGCACAAUCUUCAAAGUGCCAACGUGAUAGUCGUACGCUUGGCUACGUCAGCGAUGGACCGUUGUCAGGUAAUCACCCAAAACUGUGCUCUCCUAUCACUGGGCAGCGUGGUGCAAAACUAUCUCACCUCCUACCUGGACCAGUACAACAAGGUGCAGAAACAACUGGCCGCUAGCCAGCCGAAUCAAACGGACUGGAAUCUUCUGCAGCUGAGCGUGGUACUUCUCCAGUGUCUCGGUGGGUUCCGCCAGUCCGUGCACGAGCUCGAGCACAGGUUUAUCCAGCAGGUGUUAGCAAAACAGGCCCAGCUCACUACAGGAGCGAAGGAAGCGCGCUUCGAGUACCGCCUGCACACAAAGGGCGAUGCAAACGAGCUACAAAAACUUGCCACCACAUUCCAACAGCAGUCCCAGCCGGCAUCGGAAGCCGGACCCGAACACUUCGCCGAGUUUCACGAGCGAAUGAAGCGCACGUGCGAAGACAUCCACGACACAAUGCUGCGGAUAGCGUUUUCACCGAUCACGAAGCAUUUCAAGCAGAUCGAACCGGCAAGCAACCCGGGAUCGAUGGAUGCUUUGCCUGAUUACAGCUUCGCCCCGCAGGAGUACAUCACUCUUAUCUGUCAGUAUUUGCUCACGCUGCCGCAGCACCUCGAACCACUGCUGCUUUCUCCGGCAGCCGUGCUGAAGACGGUGCUGGAGGUUGCGGACACGCGGUACGCCUCCAGUCGCCCCGGGGCGGACGUAUUUUUGGCGCUGGUCGUCGAAGAGUCGGAGGCGCUAUAUGUGGAGCAGAUAGAAAACAUCUGUUCGCUCAGUGUUUCGGGCGCAAAGCAGUUGGCAACGGAUAUCGAAUACUUCGGAAGCGUGCUGGAGGAGAUGGGCCAAUCGCUGGGUAGUAAUUUGCAGCAGACCGUCAAAUUGCUUCGUGCUCCGCUGGAGUCUUAUUCGGCUGCCGCGGCCGGUUGUGAUCCGGAGCUGGUUGCCGCCAUCCGUCAAAAACGAAAUUUGAUAUCAUGUUAACCAGUAGUUGAUAUUUAAUAAAAACAAAUGCAUUCUCGUGCAAUAUCCACAAAGAAAAGAUCAAACCCAACCUUUUCAUUUGCAGUGUAAUCCCAAAGAAAAACAGUACGAUAAACUUUGAGUUUUGUUGUUCUCUCUGGACAUAUCGUCAUCUCCAUUUUAUUGGCCGCGAUGAUCGUACAUACAUUUCGUGUUUUUGUUUUUCCGUUUGUCACUGUGUAUUUACAUUCUUCUUUUAAUUCACGCGCGGGAGCGUGCGUCGCGAUUCUUGUUUAAAAAACGGAUUUCAACCGCCAACGAUACCUGUAGAAUAUUAUU